AUGUUUGGAGGGUCCAAUACUUAUAGUGACCCCAAUGGCACAAUUCAGUUCGUAGCCGGCAAUUAUUGUGGGACUACGCACGAUUUUGAAGACGACAUGUUCUGUGACGAGCCCAAUGUCGUGCUCACGCGCUCGUCACCAACGCCAAAUCUCUUAGUAGUGCCUGUGGCACGUGUGGCCGAGGUCAAGGAAGAGACUGUAUCCUUUGAUGGUACCAUGGUAGAUGUUGAAUUCUCCGCUACAGUUGAGACCGUCAUGGUGCCUACUACUACCCCAAACAGUGUUGCCAAUGGCUUUUUGUCUAUUUCCGAUCGGUUUCCUCUUUCAAAGGUGGGAAAAGUUUGCAUCGGUACGUCCAAGCAGGUGUUUUGUACCUCCCACGAGUCCAAGCAGCAAUUUACGGCUCCAAUUCCCAUAAGUCGUCUACUAAAUGACACACCGGAAAUGACCCAGGUUGAGCAAAUUACUGUUCUCGUGGAAGAUGGUACGAUAGAUGAUAACACGAUCAAAGCUGAGCCGGAAGGUGCCACAACGUUCUUAGCUUCCAGUGCUACACAGCAUCCAGUGAUGAGCGACGUGUACCACUAUCAAGCCACAGAUGUACAAGAAAAUGAGAUGGAGCAACUUCGAUGGAACAUUCAAGAACAAGUUUUUCAACGAUAUUUCCAUCAAGCACAGAAAUACGAAGAGUGGGGAAAGCUGGAGGAAAAAGACGCUCGAGUGUUUUUUAUUCCAGGUGGAAGACGGGAAAACAUCAAAGCCGAAAAGCGAUUUCACGAUAAUGCUGUUCGCGAUGCGACGGGAAAGGGAAAUGCAACAUGGGUAAAAGAACGACGAGAUCGGUUUGAGGAAGAAAUUCGACUGUUUUUCCGUGACGAAACGAGGCACAAACAAGAGCUGAUGCUUACGCGACUUGAAAAGGUGUCGCCGUUCUCGAAGUUUCCGAUUCUCGGUAACCGAUUUUUACUACUUCGUUUACGGGGAAAAGGAGGCAACGGAGAAGUAUGGGAUGUCGUCGAUUACGCUAAUAAUAAGCAGCUCUGUGCUCUUAAACUUUCUACUUCAAUUCAACACGCCCAACGCGAACAUCUAACGCACUCAAAACUAUGCCAUCCGAAUAUUGUUCAGGUUGGUGACACGCCUUUUCUUAUACGGUAUCAACAGCAGCAAUACACCGCAUUCACAGUCGCAAGCGUUCAGUCGGAUCUCCAACAAUUGAUAGAGGUAUAUGAGCAUCUAGAUGAUGACUCCGCCUACAAGGUGCUUUUCCAGCUUUUAAACGCAUUGAAAUAUCUGCAUGAAGAUAUUGGUGUUGCUCACUACGACCUCAAGCCGUCAAACAUAUUGAUUGAUCACGACGGCGCCAAAGCACCUACUCAUAACUCUACCGUUGGAACUCUACGAUACCUUCCUCCUGAGUGCUUUCGUUCCAAUCGCAGUGACUGCGAAGCUACUGCUGAAAAAGCAGAUGUGUGGAUGGUGGGUGUAGUAUAUUGCAUGAUGGUAACGGGAAAGCAUCCAAUUUGCCCUGAGAAGUCGACACAAGAUGAAGUAAAGACUCUAAUGUCUCAGUACACAGGCGAUUUCCGGUAUGCACGGCCCAUUUCCGAUCUAUCGCGAUGGAUUAUGCAGGGUUGUCUCCAUCCUGAUCCGCGAUGCCGACCAACAGCAACCCAGUUGCUUGUCGCGCUUCAGGACGUGGUGCCUAGGCAGUAG